AAAUAUCCAAUAGCGAUUUUUCUGACUGAGAUUGUGACUACGAUCCAAAAGCAAUUAUUAAUUUAAGCUCCAGGCCUUUUUUCAGCACCAGGCUUGAGGAUUGACUGCUAUAUGCUGUAACCCUCCCUCUGAGCAGAUCACGGCGGGAAGAGAGGUAAAAAGUCAAGAGGACAAUCACCCAACCUUCUGUUCACUCUAACAGACUGUUCACCCUCCUCAGCAGGACCAGUGGUAAAAAGUCAAGAAGACAAUCACCUGAUCUUCUAUUCACAGUACCAGCUAUGCUACUGAUAUGCAUCGCUUCUCUUCUAACCUGCUCUGCAGCAGCAUCAGAGUUCUCUGUAUUUGUUCCUGAUACUUCAGUGUCAGAGCGAUUGGGGUCAUCAGCUGUCCUACCUUGUGGUCUUUCUCCCUCUUUAAACGCUGAGACGUUUGAGGUUCGAUGGCACAAGAAUGAUUACAGCAACCCGGUUCUGCUGUACAAUGAUCUAAAGGUUCAGGAGAACGCUGGAGAUCCUCAGUACAGAGGCAGAGUGUCUCUGAUUGGAGAACUGCAGAAAGGGAACGUCUCUCUGAAACUGGAGAACCUCGAACUGGCAGACAGGGGAGAAUAUGUGUGCAUGGUUAAGAGUGUCACUUGGUACGAAUGGGCUAACAUAAAUCUUACAAUAAAAGUACGGGGCUCUUCUCCUCUCCUUUCAGUGGCUCAAGUUGGAGAUGAGGUGAAUGUUUCCUGUGCAUCAGGUGGAUGGUCACCAAAGCCCACCCUCAUCUGGAAAGACCGAGGAGGACGAGAACUCAGAAACAACUACAUUCAUUACAAAACUGACUCUGAAGGGUUGGUGAGUGUGAGCUCUUGGCUGCUUUUCUCUCCCUCGGAGUCAGAGUGGAUCUCCUGUUCUGUAGGUUCAUCUGAUCAGGAGAUGAAGGAAGGAAGAGUGCAACCAAACAAAGAAAUCUGGAGGGAUGCGUUCAUCUCCACUUUAGUACUUUCAUUAAUUAUCAUCAUCAUCCUUACUGCUCUUCUUCUUUUAGUAAGACAAGGUUUAUUCCCACACUGCUCAUCUCAUAAAAAUGCAAAAGCAGCAGUUAAUUCUCUUGAAUCCAUUCCAGCAGAAACAGUUCCCCUUAAAGAGGAAGCACCUCCCCUUACAGAAAAGGCUAAAGAGAAGACAGUUUCAGGUAUCAGUUCACAGUCGUCUGUGUCUCCAGAAUCUUCUGAAGAGAGAUUACAGAUGUGGAAUAAACUGAAAAAACAGAAAGUGAAGCUCACUGUGGAUCCUGACACACGUCACAGAUCUCUGAUGGUGACACGAGAUGGAACUGGUGUGUAUUGUGGAACACUGAGCUUAUCCAACCCUGCAGACCCAUUUCCUCACAUUCUGAGUAAAGAAGAAUUCUCCUCAGGACUGAAAUACUGGGAAGUUACAGUGGAUCAGAAAGAAAAGAGUAAAAAGUCAUGGUGUGUGGGGGUCACUCAAAAGCCCCCCACUAAAGAGACCCUCACAGCUCUCUGUUAUGAAGAACGCUGUGGUAUUUACCCCAGUACUGACCCUCACAUUCAGAUACCUGCUGAAGAUCACGUUUCCACCCUGGGUCUGAUUUUAGACUUCAAACACAAAACUCUGUCCUUUAUUAAUGUAGAUAAACGAUCUCAUCUUCAUACUUUUAGAAUGAAUAACAUGACGAAGAAUAAAUAUUUUGCUCUAAUCAGUCCAGGAAUAAAAGAUAAUCACAAUGUAAGUUUUCAUUGUUACCGGCCACAGCAGCGUUCCCAGGAUGCACAUCAGAGUUCUCUGUAUUUGCCUCUAAAGCUUCAGUGUCAGAGCGACUGGGGUCAUCAGCUGUCCUGCCGUGUGGGACUCUCCCCUUCUUUAAACGCUGAGACGUUUGAAGUUCGGUGGCACAAGGAUGAUUACAACAAGCCAGUUCUGCUGUACAAAGAUCUAAAGGUCCAGGAGAACGCUGGAGAUCCUCAGUACAGAGGCAGAGCAUCUCUGAUUGGAGAACUGCAGAAAGGGAACGUCUCUCUGAAACUGGAGAACCUCGAACUGGCAGACAGAGGGAGAAUAUGUUCCUCAGUUCCCAAACACUUACAGACACAAUUGGCCUGUUCAACAGCUCUUAGUAGUAGUAAUCCAGACUCAUCCCGACUCUCUUCAAGAUCAUUUAACACCUUACAUUACACCUCACUGGCUCCACAUACAGUUUUGCUGUUUUUAUGGAUCAUGUUCACUCUUCUCAGCACCUCAAAAGCUGUGAAAUUUUCGGUGCUGGUUCCUAAUUCAGUGUCAGCUGUGUUGGGAUCCUCAGUCGUCCUGCCUUGUGAACUUUCUCCCUCCUAUGAUGCUGAAACGUUUGAAUUUCGCUGGUACAGAAAUAAAGACUAUGACAACCCCAUUCUGCUCUACGAGAACCUGAAAGUCCAGGAGAACGCUGGAGAUCCUCAGUACAGAGGCAGAGUGUCUCUGAUGGGAGAACUAGAGAGAGGGAACGUCUCUCUGAAACUGGAGAACCUCACAGUAGCGGAUAAUGGGGAAUAUAUGUGCAAUGUUGAGAGCCCACAGUGGUAUGACAGAGCCAAUAUAUCGUUACUAGUGAAAGCCCUAGGAACUGUUCCUGUUUUCUCCUUUGCUGAAGUUGGAGCAUGGAUGAAUGUUACCUGUGCAUCAAGUGGCUGGUCACCAAGGCCUACAGUCAUCUGGAAAGACAGAGGAGGAAGAGAACUUGAGAGCAGUACUGAUCACUAUAUAACAGACUCUGAAGGGUUGGUGAGUGUGAGCUCUUGGCUGCUUCUCUCUCCCUUGGAGUCAGAGUGGAUCUCCUGUUCUGUGGGUUUAUCUGAUCAGGAGAUGAGAGAGGGAAGAGUGCCGCCACUCAAACCUGUCUCUACAGUGGAAAUCUGGAGGGAGGCGUUCAUCUCCACUCUAGUACUUGCAUUAAUUAUCAUCAUCAUCCUCGCUGCUCUUCUUCUAUUAGUAAGACAAGGUUUGGUCCCACACUGCUCACCUCAUAAAAAUGCAGAAGACGCAGAGGAAAAGAUUCCCCUUACAGGUUCGGGUGAUGAAAUAUUAAGGACAUGGAAUAAGCUGAGAAUAGAUAAAGAGAAGCUCACUGUAGAUCCUGAAACAUGCCAAAAACCUCUGAUGGUGACACAAGAUGGAGCUGGUGUGUCCUGUGGGAAACGGAGCAGAUCUGAUGUUCACACAUUUCCUCACGUUCUGAGUAAAGAAGAAUUCUCCUCAGGACUGAAAUACUGGGAAGUUACAGUGGAUCAGAAAGAAAAGAGUAAAAAGUCGUGGUGUGUGGGGGUCACUCAAGAGCCCCACACUAAAGAGACCCUCACAGCUCUCUGUUAUGAAGAACGCUGUGGUAUUUACCCCAGUACUGACCCUCGCACUCAGAUACCUGCUGAAGAUCACGUUACCACCCUGGGUCUGAUUUUAGACUUCACACACAAAACUUUGUCCUUUUAUAAUGUAGAUAAAGAAUCUCACCUUCAUACUUUUAGAAUGAAUAACAUGAGUAAUAAUACAUAUUUUGCUCUAAUCAGUCCAGGAAUAAAAGAUAAUCACCCUGUAAGUUUUCAUAGUUAGUAAUGUUGUGUGACUGU